AUGUCUACGGCAACCUCUUCUAUGUCUACCAACCAGAGCACAACAAUACAUGGCAAAGGCCGUGCUCUCGUCAAUAUUCCCGGCGUUCUUGGUACCAUCGGCAUCACCGAAACCGCCCUGGAUAUUUUCGUUUUCGGGGCCGGCAACCUCAGUAUCAGCCCCUUGGAUGUCGUACCUGGUUCAUUGAAGCUCUUUUCAUUGGAUCUCUCGAGGAAAGACACCGAAGUCGAACUCAUCACGUCGAUGCCGGAUGCAGUCUCAAUCAACGGCAUAACACCUUGGAGCACAACAGAGGUUUUGGUUGCCGACACAAUUCUUGGAGCAGUCUACAAAGUCAACACAGUCACCGGGGCGUAUGAGACAUCGCUCUCGGGACCUGGUUUUGCCGGUGCGAACGGAGUCAGUGUGCAAGAUGGAUAUCUUUACUACACCAGCUCAAGCAACCAGACGCUAUCUCGUGUGAUGGUCAACAGCGAUCUCAUUCCAGGCCCGAUGAAGGUCAUCUAUAGCGGAACACCCGUGGACGAUUUCGUUCUAGCACCGGAUGGAACCGCCUACGUCGCUACUCUGGGUCACAAUCAGGUCAUACGAGUGGAUCCUUUGGGGUCCUCAACAAUUGUUGCGGGCGCCACUACUUUGCGAUUCGGGUCAAAGGGAAAGGACAGUAGGACGUUAUAUGUGACUACGAACGGAGCAACCGCACAGCCGCUUGGAGGUGACCUCACUGAACCGGCUAAAAUCGUGGCUAUUGAGUUCAAUUGUGGUAACACGCUCAUCCCCUAG